CUCUCCGUUUCCCACCUCUCUCUACCCACUUAGACUCUCCCUCACCUCUCAACCAUUUCCCGCAGCUCUCAACCUCUCUCACCGCACUCCCUCACUUUCUCUCUUCUUUCCCCUUAUCUCUCUCGUCCCUUUUUCCCUCUUCGUUGCACAGCAAACGCUGACAGCGGCGAGCCGUUUUACUCCGACAAACCGGAACCAGGCAGCCACCAUCCCCGCGACCCUCUCAUCACCACGAGCUAGGGGUGUUUGCAUUAGCAUACAUGUAUAUAUACAUACACAAGACCAAGUCAAUGUGGAUUAAUUAAGUUGAAAAGAAUCUCAGCCUAAUGAAGUCUGCAAGUUCAGGCACUUGCCAUUUUUAUUUGCUUCUGAAACAAUACAUAUAAGGUCCAGGGCAACCUCCAAUGGCAAUCGGUCUCUGUUGGUCAAAUCAUGGAGGGAGGGAGGGCAAUAAGGGCACAAGAAUUGAAGUUGUCUUAAAAAAGGCCCCAACUGACGACUAUAAGGUAAGCAAAACGAGCUCAACUGACGACGUUAUAUAUGAAAGUAGACUUUAACCUAAGUUUUCAAACUGUUAAACCGCAGUUUUCGUACGUAAAUAGGAUUAUUAAAUCUUUUGUAUGUAAAUAGUAUAUACGUACAUAUUAAGUAUUAUUUUUUGUAAAUAAAUACGACUAUAUAUAAUUUUUUUGUACGGUUUUCAAUCCCCGUAGCAUCUCACGUGCAUCAUUUGCUAGCUACAUACCUAAACAGCCAAGCCUACUAUUUCUCCUCAAUAUUAACCACCUGCUUAAUGAUAUGGUUUGUCCCCUUUUAGGAAGUUGAAAGUGAAUUACUUGUUUCAAUUUACUUUGGACGCUUGCUAAUUACUCAAGUUUGGGAUACCGAACAAGUAGGCAAUAAAAUAUUCUUCUGUAAAAAAAAAAAAGUAGGGGAAACCGAACAAUUAGGCAAACAUCUAUUGGUAUAAAUUCCCCCGGAAGGGGCACCAGAAUUUUAUGUUGUGCUGCCAGAAAACAAAGAGCCCCUUCACCAUCUUGGAUUGCAGUAUUCCUUAACAACAGAAAACAAAGAUGUCGUCUUCCUUUUUUUUCCCUCAACCUGAUGAUAACCAUCCUCUUGCUUGUACAGGCAAGGCCUCAGCCGGCAACAAGCCUUAAAUUGCCCCAUGUUCAAAAACAAAAAUAACAUGAUUGUUGUCAAGAUUCAUGUUGGCUUCCAGCCAACGGGGAAAGCAUACCUCACGUUGGACACAUUGAGCCCCUUCACCAUCUUGGAUUGUAGUAUCCUCGAUGGUUAUGAUCCAAACCGUUCGGAAACCUCCCAACUCUUGUACUACAACAACUCCAUCUGCAUUCCACCCCUCCACCAGUCAUUUUCUUCUGAUUGGUGUUGGUUCCAAUUUGAAUCGGCUCAUGGUUUUUAUGUUUUUUAUUUAUUCGCCUCCAACAUGUCUGACGGCCGUAAGGCCCUCGUCCCUUUCGGUUGCAUCAAUGAGUACUCCCCCUCCUCUGGAAAAAAUAACAUUGUUCCUGUUACUGGAGUUAUUGGCCUUGGCCAAGGCCACCCUUCCAACUUCCCCAUCCAAUCAACCUUGGAAAAAUUCUCCUUCUCAAUUCCGCUUCACGAGCUACCUGCUGCCUCUACCGCCGCCUCCGCCAAUGACUUUGAUCCAUCGUUGGCCUUUGGCCCCUAUGCCACAAUGCCCACCAACGGUACCGUUCGUGUUCAAAGCACAACAAUAUUGAGGGAGCAGCAUGCAGUAGGAGGAGCACCCAUCAGAGACUACUAUUACUUAAAUCUUACUGGCAUUAUUGUCGGAGAAUAUAUGGUCCAAGGAAUAGACCCAAAGUUGUUUUGGCUGCCAUCUCGCAGCGGUAGUGGAUUCGUCAUCCACACUUCCAGCUCUUAAAUUGUGAUGCCAGCCUCGGCUUAUGACGCAUUUUGAGUAGUAGUGGUCGAUCUAGUGAAAGUAUUGUACGAGUUGGACCAGAUGGAGCCACUGGCAGGAUAUGACGUGUGAUUCAACACCACAAAUCUGGCGGCAGUGGCGAACACGACCCCCUUUUCACGCCUUCAAUGGUUCUUGAAUUUGAAGGCGGAGUGGCCCACCUAAAGCUCCUAGAUAAGUACCGUUCCAAGAGAUGCCGGAUUUCGGCGAACGGUACUACUCAUGCAUGUUGGUGGUGGCGGGGGAUAAACGUGGUGGGCAAAAACCAAGCUUUGUGAGGUUGUUGGACCAGAUUUGCUACAAAUUUCUUUAUGAUCUCUCUACCUCAUGACUAUCGUUUACAACCGGAUAGUGAUGAUUUGAAACGAACACUUGCAGCUGUCGCAACUGUCAUUUUAACCUACUACUUUUUCAAUGUAAAUGGUUUAUCAUGAUGUACUGAUUAAU